GCGGAGCGCCGGGGCUCACCCCGGCAUCUCGCCGCUCCCCCCGUCCCGCACCGCAGGUCGCGGCGGCGUGCGUGGGCGCCCACGCAAGAGCCCCGCAGCAGCCCCCCGUGUCGGCGGGCGGCGCGGACCAGCUGAGCCCCGCAAAGCAGACGCGUUUGCCCUCUCCGAGGGGGGUGCGUGUGCGCUUUCGGCCCCCGCCGGGCGCGCUUGCUACCGUUCCGCCAUCAACUCGGCGGCGGUGCGGUGCGGCGCGGUGCGGUGCGGUGCGCCGGGGCCGGCCCCGCGCCGCGGCGGGCGGAGCAGGCGGCGGGAUGCGCUAGCGGGGGCCUGAACCGCCGCCCUGCGCGGGCACGGUGCGGUGGGCGCGCGAAGCCGCGGCCCGGGCGCCAGCCGAAGGGAAGGAGACCGCAGCAGAACUUUUCCCCUGGCUUGUUUUGUGGUGCGUGGGGCUUUUGUGUCGCUUUGCAAAAACAAAGGCUGAUUUCUGGCACGUCUUUGGAGCGCUGAAGGAUGCCCACCGCAGGGUUUCCAGCAGUUAGCGGCGAGAUCCUCAUGGAGUCGUGGACUUUGCCACCGACCCUCAACCCUGUGACGCUGAUGAGAAGCGGCACCAACUUUCUGGCUGCGUCUGGGAGAAGCUGGCAGUAGCGCAGAGCGAGCCCAGCGUCCAGGAGGCUGCCGUCCCCGCGCCGCUUGGGAGCCGAGAGGGCCACCAGCUCACGCCGCGGCGGGGAGCCUCGGUAGCCCCGUACCCCGGACCCACGGCCCGGGGAGCGUGCGAACAGUGACGGCCAAAAACCCGCUCCAAAUGCUAACUCAGAUCUGGAGGGGAAAACCACACAGAGCAGACUGAUGCUAGGUACAGAGAUAUUUGAGGCAAUAAAGCCACAAUUGUAAGGAUUCUAUAGGAAAAACUUAAAGCAGCUACCUACCAAGGCUGUGAAAUUCAAAUAGCUGAAGUGCUUGUUCUGGGUGUGCUGACAGCCGAUGAUACCCGGCGAGUAACGGCAGCGGUAGCGUGAGGCGUCACUCAGCAAAGAAUGAUGUGGGAAACCAGAAACAUGUUCAGUAUAGUGCUGAAUCCCAUUUUUUGUGGUAGCAGAACGCUGUAUUUUAUUUUUUUUCAGCCAAUAGGUAUUGGCAUUUUAAAUUCCUCUUGCGGCAAAGAAAUCUUUUUCUGCUAAAUGGUUAAAUAAGCUGGAUGAAAAUAGAAGCUAAACUUUGUUUGGAGCAGCGUCUGAGUCCGAAGGCACCACAGCCAUUGUUUGGAAUAUGCUGUAUUUCAUGCAAGUAUGACGGAAAGCGUGUAUUAAGUCGUUAAAUACAGGGCCUCAUCUUGUUCGCAUAGGGUGCUGGUGCCAGAAGAAAGGAAUGAUUGAUGGGAAACAGACACCAGCCUGUAGACACUCAUCCUUUUGCUUCGGAUGCUGAUUUAUCAGUGUGUCUGGGCAUCCCCUGCGAGCCCUGAACACGGAGGAUCACUCAGGGUUAUCGACAGUGUAGCCGAAGACCUGCAACUUCACAAAUUAUUAUCUGCUAUUGGACAUCUUUUACAGGAAGCCCUGACAGAUAAGUUAUAAGACAAAGGACAAGCGCUGCUUUGCUGUGAAAGGCUGUCAUCGGAGUCUGGCUUGGCUUCUACCAAAGUCUUCAACUUAGUGAAACAAACACCCUAGCCUAAUGCUUCACGUCUGAGUUGGAACCUGUUUUAUAAAAUCUAUACAUGUAUAUGUACAUAUAUGUAUAACCUAUAGACUGCACGUACGCCAGUCCUGAGCAUCCUUACAAAGGUGACAUAAAAGGAUUUAGAAAUGUAUUUGUCAAGAUUCCUGUCACUUCACGCCCUCUGGGUUACCGUGUCCUCCGUGAUGCAGCACUACCCUUCCGUGUGGGGACACUAUGACGUGUGCAAGACUCAGAUUUACACAGAAGAAGGAAAAGUAUGGGAUUACAUGGCCUGCCAGCCGGAAGCCAGAGACAUGAUCAAAUACGUAAAAGUGACUCUGGAUCCCCCAGACAUAACAUGUGGAGAUCCUCCCGAGACUUUCUGUGCGAUGGGGAAUCCCUACAUGUGCAAUAAUGAAUGUGAUGCAAGUACCCAAGAACUGGCUCAUCCUCCAGAACUGAUGUUCGAUCUCGAAGGAAGACAUCCCUCCACAUUUUGGCAGUCCACGACUUGGAAGGAUUAUCCAAAGCCUCUUCAUGUUAAUAUUACGCUCUCCUGGAACAAAACCAUUGAGCUGACAGAUAACAUAGUUAUCACUUUUGAGUCUGGCCGUCCAGACCAAAUGAUCCUGGAGAAAUCGCUCGACUAUGGGCGAACAUGGCAGCCCUACCAAUACUAUGCCACGGACUGCUUAGAUGCUUUCCACAUGGACCCAAAAUCAGUGAGGGAUUUAUCGCAGCACACAGUCCUAGAAAUCAUUUGCACAGAGGAAUACUCUACUGGGUACAUGACAAACAGUAAAAUAAUCCACUUUGAAAUCAAAGAUAGAUUUGCUUUUUUUGCUGGACCUCGGCUUCAUAACAUGGCCUCUCUUUAUGGCCAGCUUGACACAACCAAGAAGUUAAGAGAUUUCUUUACCAUCACGGAUCUGAGGAUAAGACUACUUAGGCCUGCAACCGGAGAAAUAUAUGUAGAUGAGCAACACCUGGCACGCUACUUUUAUGCAAUUUCAGACAUAAGGGUAUACGGAAGGUGUAAGUGCAACCUUCAUGCUACUGGCUGUAAAGAAGAGAACAAAAGACUCCUUUGUGAAUGUGAGCAUAACACAACUGGCCCAGACUGUGGAAAGUGCAAGAAGAAUUACCAGGGCCGACCGUGGAGCCCUGGUUCUUAUCUGCCUAUACCUAAGGGCACUGCUAAUAUCUGUAUACCCAGUAUUUCCAGUAUCGGUAAUCCUCCAAAGUUUGAUAGGAUAUGGCCGAAUAUUUCUUCCCUUGAGGUUUCUAAACCAAACCAAGCAAACGUAUGUGACAACGAGCUACUGCAUUGCCAGAACGGAGGAACGUGCAUCAACAACGUGCGAUGCCAGUGCCCUCCAGCUUACACUGGCAUUUUAUGCGAGAAGCUGAAGUGUGAGAGGGAUCCAGGAGGCUGCAGCCAGAACUCCGGCCGGGGGGCACUAUCACAGGGGCCUCUGUUCCUGCUGACUGCUCUGCUCGGAGCAACAGGACUUUGCAUAUGCUAGGCUCCGUACGGCUGAUGGCAUCGCAUUCAGACGGCUUCAGAUGAACGUGCCACGUGAAAACAUAGCAAAAUCCAAGCGUUUGCUACUGAAACGUAAAAAGGAAAACAGAGAGGAAAAACAACCACAUACAAACUAAGACGGCCUAACUGAACUAAGCCAUAUUAAUCAGUUACGGACAGGGCUCCGAGUCAAGACUGUUCACCUCUGACUCGAGACAAGUUGGCGGCUGCCUGUUCGGUCAGAUCAAUGCGAGCUGCAAAGCUUACAGAGGACUGAAACGGCUUUGGCAGCCCCCAGAAGGGGAAGAGGAUUUAAGAAACAUUUGCUACUCCUAUAUGGUGCGCUACUGUACCUCCGCCCGGUGUAUGGACCGACCAAAUAAAGGCAUUCUUUGCUGUCAGUGCAUUGUGGGUAUAAGGAAAUCUGUAAAAGCUGCCAUAUUGGCCUGCUUCAGCCCCCGACUCCUUCCCAACCUGUGCUUUAGUGAACGUUGCUCUGUAACCCUUGUUGGUUGAAAGAUUUCUUUGUCUGAUGUUAGUGAUGCACAUGUGUAACAGCCCCCCCAAUAAAACUCAAGUCAGUCAUAUCCUUGUAUACCUUAGCAGCACUGCAUCAGUAAGAUGCGGUGUUCACCUACUGUACAAGAGUGGCUAUAGGACAAAAAAGUGUAUUUAUCCUUUUGUAUUCAAAUGAAGUUAUUUUUCUUGAAAUAAUGUACAAUGUAGAUUUUUUGUAUUAUUGCCUAUUUGUGUUACCAGACAAUUUAAUUCUAAUCAGAGAAGAGAAAGAUACUACUUUUUAUUUAGUCCUUUUCUUUUUCCUUUCAUUUAAUUGUGCAGAGAUUUCUCUGUAUGGGCAACGUGCUGGCAUCAAAGAAUAUCAGUUUACAUAUAUAACGAGUGUAAUAAGAUUCCACCAAAGGACAUUCUAAAUGUUUUCUUGUUGCUUUAACACUGGAAGAUUUCAAAGAAUAAAAAUUCCUGCAUAAACAGUU